GCAGGCGUCCGCGGCGCUCGCCCGUGGCUGAGCCCACCGCCGAGCCCUCCCCGGGCCGGCGUGCGCUGGUCGCCGAGGUCCAGGCCGCCGCCCCCGCCGCGGCGCGUUCUGAAAUCAUGAAUCCUGUUUAUAGCCCUGGUUCUUCUGGGGUUCCCUAUGCAAAUGCCAAAGGAAUUGGUUAUCCAGCUGGUUUCCCCAUGGGCUACGCAGCUGCAGCUCCUGCCUACUCCCCCAACAUGUACCCUGGAGCGAAUCCUACCUUCCAAACAGGUUAUACUCCUGGCACACCUUACAAAGUGUCCUGUUCCCCCACCAGCGGGGCAGUGCCACCAUACUCCUCCUCCCCUAACCCCUACCAGACCGCUGUGUACCCUGUGCGAAGUGCCUACCCCCAGCAGAGCCCCUACGCGCAGCAAGGCACGUACUACACACAGCCCCUGUACGCAGCACCCCCUCACGUCAUCCACCACACCACAGUGGUGCAGCCCAAUGGCAUGCCGGCGACAGUGUACCCUGCUCCCAUCCCUCCACCUAGAGGCAACGGCGUCACCAUGGGCAUGGUGGCUGGGACCACUAUGGCCAUGUCAGCAGGUACCCUGCUGACCGCCCACUCCCCAACUCCUGUUGCCCCCCACCCAGUCACUGUGCCCACAUAUCGGGCCCCAGGAACUCCCACCUACAGCUACGUGCCCCCUCAGUGGUGAUCACCCUGCAAACAUUUGAGGAUGGAGCUGUGCAGUCACAUCAUGGAGGUUCCACAGCUGGUGCUGCAGGCCUCGCGCCUCCAACCUGGACUUUCUUCUUAAUGCUCUCGACACUUAGCUAAACACUACUAUGGCCCGGCCCAGCAGGUCCAGUGCCAUUAGUCUCCAACUAACUCUGUGGGUUGGUCUUAAAGUAAAUCCUGUUUUGUGGGCUGCCUGGCAAUUUUUUAGCUAACUGUAAUGAUAAAAAGGGGAGUAUUAAUCUAUUCUGAAUCAUAUCUAGUUGAAUGCAUGUUUAAAAAAACAAACACAAAAACAAAGCUUGCUCAAUCUACCUGCAGUGACUGAUGCAAAACCAUCAUAUGCAAACCCAAAGGAAUGGAAAAGCAUUUUAUAACAUGUAUCACUAAUGCACUGUUGUAAUGUAUCCAGAGUCUUAAAGUUAUAAGUGUUAAAGUGAAUUUCUUCAUAGAGUAUCUGAAAUCCCUUAGAUGAUUCUUCAGCCUUUGGGGUUGAGGUGGGUUGCCAGUUGAUAACGUGGACUUUGACUUUUCAACAUUCUGUUUUUUUCACACUGACUGCACGGAAUGGGGGAGAGUAUGGGAAGGGCCACCACUGCCUGGGAUGCAGCCAGUUUACUGGGCAUCUCUUUCUUGCUGUUUAGUCUUGCCAGGGCAUUGUGGUAUGGACAUUCUUAAAGAUGAUCCUAAAAGUGUAGAGUUGUGUGGCCAGUACAGUUAGGGGCAAGAAGUGGUGUCUGUAUCAGCAAAGCACUUUUCUCUGCCAUCUAAGUUUUCUUUAUAAGCCUCUUACAGAUAAGAGGUUUUCUGUAUCUUUACUGGAAAAGUCCUAUGUAGAACAUAAAUUAUUUUUCUGGGAUGGAAGGUACAUGAAGGAGAAACAGCCACACUUGGAGGAUGUAUUGGCUUCUCCUUUAUUUAGCUUAGAAAACCAUUCCCCCCCCACACCUCCCCUGAAAUGUUUCAGUCCAUUGAAAACAUAUGUAGGCGUUGCUGUCGUCUCGUCUCCCCCCACCAAAGAAGGGCAAAGAUUUCAGCUGUUAUGAAGAAAGUUGUAUAUUUAAGAACUAUUUUAAACGGGAACAAAACUUUAUUUAAAGUUGUUUCUUUUAGAGAGGCAGGCCUGUGGCUGUGUUGGGGCCCAUCCACCUGAUGGAGACUUGUCAUCUGAAACCAUUUGGAGGUGGCUCCUGGAAAUGGGUCUGUGGAGGUGUGAGGGAAGGGCUGGUACCUCGUCUGUGAGCCUUGUCUGCCAUGUCUUGUAGCUGAGGGCUUUUAGCAUAAAGCAGGUAUGGACAACAUAGGGCCAGGCAGAAUCAGAAUAUAUUUGCCUGCUGGGAUUUAUUUGGAAAGGACUUUGUGUUUAAGGUCUGAAUAUUGUAUAUAAGAAACAAAGAGGAUUUAUGCUCAGCUUGUCUUGAGGGAGUGUGUGUCUGUUCAAAGAAGGGGUGGGAGGGUGAGGGUUUUGUUCCCUUUCAGCAGUCUGUCAGGUGGGGGUGUGCUCCUGUUCACCCCAUCAUUGUUUCAAGUGUUGUGGGCUUUGGUUGGGGAGGGGACCCUACUCUUCUGUCUCUGGCAGCUAGGUCAGGGCUCUGGCACUGGUUUGGCAUUUGGCCUCAUUUGUUGAGUGGGACACCUGAACUCUGAGCCUUUGGUAACCUUAUUUUUUUAUGGUAAGUACCCCAUAAUUUUCUUUUUCACAUUUUAUUUUAUAAGAAGUUUAGGAAUAUUUUUGCAUGGAUCAUUGUAAACAGAAGAUUCCUUAUUCCUAAUGUCUAUUAAUGUAGUGUGCUUACUGAUAAGUUCUUUAAAUUGCUCAUUAGCACUUAACCCACAUGUGUGUUUGAGAGAGAGCAAGUGAGAUUGUAUAUGUGUGAACCAUUUAUUCCAGGCACAUGGUUUGUGUCCAGUUCUUCAACUCUUUGUUGGUAAUUCCAUCUGUAUAAUAGAUGGUUUGUAAUAAAUAUCUGAUAGGUUCUAAGGGAUCCAGGGCUGAACUGACCAAGUAACAGAAAAGUCAGUUUCCCCAGUUUAGUGUAAUAGAUUAGGAGAAAAUACGAUUUUAGUGUAUGCUUUAAAAAAAGCCCUAGCACCAGAAUGGGAACACACACACACACACACACACACACACAAAACUAUAUGUAAGGGAUGGAAUUAUUUGAAUUGAACAGAAAGAAGUUAUAUAGGAUGCUUCAUUGGGCUUGCUUAAGACAUGGCACACACAGGGUGAGUGUUUUCACAAGCACUGAAUUAAUUGGUGUUUUUGAGAGCAAGGAGGGUGGGUUGCAUUUUGCCCCCAUUUACAUCAGCUUCAUAAACUUUCCCUUACGAUUUUCUUAAAUCUUUUUCCCUUUUGUGAAGGUGUGUUUGAAGACUUUAUCAAAUAUUUUUGCAUAAUGGAAUACAUCUGGAAAUCUUUUCAGUUUUGAACCUAUCAGGGCAUAGCUAUCAAAUAUGAUAAUGAAAGGUAGAUCUUGUCUAGCAGGUAAGAAUUUGGACAUAUGAAUAGUAGCAAAACUAUCAUAGGUUGUAAUUUUAACAGCAUUGAAUUCCAGUAAAAUUAACUAAGGAAUAGAUUUCUAUUAUAAAGUUCAUAAUUUGAUAUCUCAAGCAUAAUAGUGGAACAUCCAGAGAAACUUAACUUUGGUCGGGGUGGGGGGGGGUGACAUUCCUAAUUUGAGAGUCUUUCAGCUGAAUUAUGGUUCUCUUAGAAGUGGAGAUAGGCAAGCAAAGGACCUAAUUUUUUUAAACAAGAAUGGGUAUUUAAAAAAUUUUUUUGUUCUACAGCUUUUCUGCUAAGGUUUAGGAGGUCUGUUUUUCUGGUUAUGGAGAUUUUGUUUGGAUCCGGGCUGGUGACUUGAGUGUUUAGUAAUGAGCGAUGGUCCCAUUAGCUUGCUGCCUCUGAAAAGUGAGACUAUCAUCAGGGCCAGGUCCAUUCAUGUGAUAGGCACAGAGGCGAGGUACUUCCAGAACCUUUUAGAUCUCUUGUGUUAAAUCUUUUUAGAACAUUCUUGUUGGUAUGGUUAUUAGGCCUGCCAGUUGCUAUUCUGUGAAUCUGUGUCUUUUGAGUGCUAUGCAAAUGUAGUAUUUACAGGAGAUGAGAGAGGUCUUGAACCUUGGGCUGGGCACCUGGUUGGUGAACAUCUUGCCCUUCCCAUGCUGGGCAUAUAGUGCCUUGCUCCAUCUGGUGGCACCAUCACUUCUAUAAUGAGAGGAAGUACAUUUUAAGGCACUUUGGAUAUGCUGAUAUCUGGCCCAGGGGUUGCUAUGAGUGUGCCUGCCAGUUGGGUAGUAAAAAGUGGCAAACACCAGCCACAUCUAUAUUGGGGCCUACUUCAAAAUGGAAAUCCAGACUUCUUCACCUGUUCUUGUAAACAUUUGGAAACAAUAUUUCUCUGACUAAUUGGGCCACCUUCUCCCCAUCUGGCGGCUAAUGGCUGGAUAUCCCAGUCAUUGCCAACCUGAGUAUUGCCCAGACAGGACAGGAUGCCUGUCUGACCCCUCAGCAGGCUCGCAGUUUUAAGGGUGAAUGGCUUGAGGGUGGGGGGCAGCUUCUGGUUCUUCUCUGGUGCUUUCUAAGGAUGGGUGGGGAUAUCUGUAGAGGAGUGUGGUUGGCUCAGGGGAAGAGCAGACUGCUUAGCUCUCUUCUCUCUAGCAUGUCUCAAAUGUUUGUGUGUGUUUUUUUCCCUGAGCUGCUUAUUAUUCAGCCUGAGCUUUCCUGAAGGUCCUUCAGACUUUUUUUGAACAGACUUGCAGAUGACCUGCUACACAGGAGGGUCUGAUCUUUUUGGGUAGAAAGUUGCAAAGUUGAUCUUAACAUGUUUCAGAGGAUUUGUCCCCCCUCCUCAACCCCUAUUCAUUUGAAGAACAGAAAAUCCUAGGGGUAACCUUAUUUGAAUCCCAAAGACUAAAGUCUGCUCACUUGGGACAGGGAGACAGAAGAGAGGCAGGCGUCUGUUCAGGGAACCUGCGGUGGUCUUCAGGAGCUCCCAGGGCUGGUGUUUUGGAGGUGAGCCUUGUCAGUAUCCCCCUGGGUCUUUAUGUAGACUAGUGGUCAGUAAAAUAGUUGGGCUCUGCUUUGCUCCUGGCAGGGUUGCUGUGAUGGAGGAGAGCCCCCAAGGAGCCACAUGGAUUCAGACUGACUAGGAAAUGGUUCCUUUUUUUUUUUUUUUUUUUUUAAUUUUUAAAUAUUGGGUUUUUUUUAGACCGUUCUCUUGGUACUUUUUUUAAGCUUAAGUCAGCAUUGUCUUCCAGUGUUAAAGGCAUCCCUCACCUCUGCAUUGAACUUACGGUGUCAAUCAAUAUAAAGGAAUGGAACAUCCAUCUUGAGCCAGUUCCAUUAUGUGUAAAUUCAUACUAUUUUAAUUUUUUAUGCAAUCUGAUGAGUAGAUGAGCUCAGAUUUAAAAUUCUUAAAAGCACGUUUAUUGUAACAAGAAUUGUUAUGUAUUAAUACUGCAGUUUUCAAUAAAGAUUGACUUGUGUUGCA